CUGGACGUUGCGUCUCCGCUUUAUCUCGCGACCCGUUUCUCCCUUUGACCUUGUGGGCUGCUCCAGCGGCUCGGCGACAGCUAGCUCCUCCGCAAGUCCCUCCGACACACUCGCUCUAACGCACAUCUUUGCCAUCGGCGUCCUCACGCACUCCCUCCACCGCUUCGCGCUCGUCCUCACAUCCCCCCCCUCCAAACGGUUCUGGCAGUCCCCGCUCUCUGUUUCCCCCCCCUCUCGUCCGCCUCGCGGCUUGUAGUAGUUCUCCAAGAUGGGUUGCUGUAUGAGUGCAGAAGACCAGGAGCAGCGUCGAAAAAAUGACGAAAUCGACAAUGCUCUCAAGAAAGAAAAGCUGAAUCAACGAAAUGAAGUCAAGAUGCUUCUGCUAGGCGCCGGUGAAUCGGGCAAGUCAACUAUCCUGAAACAAAUGAAGCUCAUCCACGACACCGGCUACAGCAACGAUGAGCGCGAGGCCUUCAAAGAAAUCAUUUUCUCGAACACAGUCCAGUCCAUGCGGGUCAUCCUCGAGGCCAUGCAGAACAUGGGCAUCGCCCUUGGCAAGGCCGAUAACGACAAGCAUCACGCCGUCAUCAUGGAGCUCCCAAAUCAGAUCGAGGCCGAUGUCUUCCCUCCCGAGGUCGCUGCGGCAGUCAAGGCUCUGUGGGUCGACGAGGGCGUCCAGGCGUGCUUUGCUCGAUCAAGAGAGUAUCAGCUCAACGAUUCUUCGAAAUACUACUUUGAUUCGAUCGAUCGCAUUGCCGCGGCAGACUACCUGCCAACAGAUCAGGAUGUCCUGCGUUCGCGUGUAAAGACCACUGGUAUCACCGAGUCGUCGUUCCACAUCGGUGAUCUCAUCUACCGCAUGUUCGAUGUCGGCGGUCAGCGAUCCGAGCGCAAGAAGUGGAUCCACUGCUUCGAGAACGUCACAGCGAUUGUCUUCCUGGUGGCCAUCAGCGAAUAUGACCAAGUGCUUGUUGAGGACGAGACUGUGAACCGCAUGCAAGAAGCUCUCACCCUCUUCGACUCGAUCUGCAACAGCCGAUGGUUCGUCAAGACCUCCAUCAUUCUCUUCUUGAACAAGAUCGAUCUGUUCAAGGAGAAGCUGCCGCGAUCCCCCAUGGGCAAAUACUUCCCUGACUACACGGGUGGUGACGACUACGACUCUGCCUGCGAGUACAUCCUCAACCGAUUCGUCUCGCUCAACCAGUCGGACCAGAAGCAGAUCUACACACACUUCACUUGUGCCACGGAUACAACACAGAUCAAGUUCGUCAUGGCGGCCGUCAACGAUAUCAUCAUCCAAACGAACUUGAGAGACUGCGGCUUGAUGUAAAUCAUCACCCAAUCAGGAAUUUGAAUCUAUCUACUUCAUACUAAGAAUCGAGCAGGCAAAGAUUUCCCCUCCCCCCUCCUUUUUUUUCUUU